AUGGCCAUAUCAGGCUGGGGAGUCUUCCUCAUAAUCCUCGUGCUCGUAAUCCUCGGAGCAGGCGGAGGCUACAUCGGGUCAGUCGUUCCGGUCUGAUGAUAUCCCUCAGUUCACAAUCUAACCGUCGCAUCACAGCUACACCCACUACCGCGCCCGAAAACUCGGCUUGCCUCCUCCUAGCCUAAAUCCAUUCUCAAAGAACCGCCGCGAAGAUAAUGUAUACCGCGCGCCUGCGCCGGCACCUGGCGGAAUCCAAGGCUGGGUCACCGAUAAAGUGAAUGCUUUCCGCAACAGGCGCACAGCAGGCGGCGCAUACGAAAGCACCACAACACGAGGCGGCGGCGGUAGUGGUGGAAGGAGGGGUUUCGGACCGCUAGACCCGGACGAAGCAUGGGAUGCGCGCGUCGAUAACGAGGCGAGCGGAUAUUACGAGGAGCAAGAACUCGGGCUGCAAGACCCGGGCCAUGGACCUUACGGAGGCGGUGGAUACGGACAUGCGCAUACGGACAGUCUCGGGGGUAGAGGAAGGAGUCGAGACAGGCAACGAGAAUUGGAUGAUAGGUACGACGAGGAGAUGCAUGGAGGCGGCUCAAGGGGGUUGAAUCCAUUUGGCGAUCACGCGGAGGCGAGUAAUGCGAGUCUGAGGAGCGUGAGCCCGCGGCCGGCGGCGGACAAUACUGGCUAUCAUGGAGCGCAGCCUAAAAAGGGAGGACACGGAGGUGCGGACGACAGUCCUACGGAGAGACGGAGUAUGUUCCACGAGGAAAUGUAA